CAUAGCACAGGCCCUGGCAUCAUUCAGCUGCCGAGAUGAGUAAUGAAAGAGUCACCUACGCAGAACUGAAUGUGGCGAAGAACUCAAGGAAACAGCAAAAGAAACCAAGGGGCACUCGAAGAUCCAUCUCAGUAACUGACCAGGAUAUCACCUAUGCGGAAUUCAGCUUUCAAAAUGCUCCUCAAGAGCAUCCCCCAGUCUGCAGAGACUGCUGCUGCGAAGGUCUUCCAUGUCCUCCAGAAAAACUCAUCGCUGGGAUUCUGGGCAUUAUCGGCGUUGCCUUACUGGUCGCUGUGGUUGUAAUUAGAACAGUUGCCAUACCAUAUCCUGAAGCAAACUCGCAGAACACCUCUGUGACUAGCACCCAGACAGCACACACUUGUGGCCAUUGUCCAAAGGAGUGGAUAUCAUAUUCUCACAAUUGUUAUUACAUUAGUGUGGAGAAAAAAACUUGGAAUGACAGUUUAGAGUCCUGCAUUUCCAAAAAUUCUUCUCUGCUCUACAUAGAGAGUGAAGAGGAGCAGGACUUUCUGAAUUUGUUCUCACUGGUCCCAUGGACUGGAGUCUUUCGGAAGAGCAGAGAUCAACUAUGGAUUUGGAAAAAAGACUCAACUUUCAAACCAAAGAUAACAGAGCUUUCCCAUGAUGAACAUAACUGUGUCAUGCUGUCGUCUUCUGGCCUCUUAGCAGAUAACUGCACAUCUUUGCAUACAUAUCUUUGUAAGCGUAAGCUCACCAACUAAAACACACGCACUUGGAGUCUUCCAGAUUUCCUGCCCCCUUCAGAUGAACUUGUGGCUGGAUCCCAAAGGAUCAUCUGCUCCCUCUAUAUAUAUCCCGCUUGGUGGUGACAAACGCUGAUAUUACCCGUAAUAUGAUGAUUGGCGGGUCAUUUUCACUCUGACAGCUGGAAGUCUCUGUACAUAUUUCUCUGUACAUAGUCAUCAGAGGAUACGUUGAAUAUAUUUUCAUAUUCAUGUAAUUAAAA